AUUCUACACCUGCUCUUCCAGUGAUAGAGACAACCCCUGAACCGAUACCUACUACACCAACUACUGCUCCUAAAGCUACGAGGCUUUUGUGUUCUGAUGGACACAUGAGUGCAUGGAUCAGCAUACCUUUUCUCCAUUCAGUCGGUUAUAAUGCAUCGCAAGUUUACCUGAACUCUUCAGAUAGAGAAUGUUCAACUCAAAUCAGAGGCGAUUAUGUUUACUUUAAUAUACCAUUCUAUGGUUGUAACACAGAGAUAAGGACGAAGAAUAAUGACACAAUAAUUUAUUACAAUGUAAUCAAGACAAUCAACCCCGAUUAUAUUAUUACAAGAAAGAAAAACUUUCAAUUUCAUGUUUUGUGUGAAAUGAAGCAGAACACUAUUGUGGAGACGAUGUUUAUUGCUCACAAUGCGAUUGACCUGACUCAAAGGAAAAUUGGCCAUUACAAUGUUUCUCUGGCAUUCUAUUCCUCACUAUCAUUCAGCCGUAGAAUUGUGGGAUCACCAUACUACGUUUCACUCAACCAGAAUUUAUAUCUCCAAGCUACUCUGCACAGUUCUGAUCCAAAUGUUAUACUCUUCCUAGACACAUGUGUCGCGUCUCCAGAUAGUAAUGAUUUUAGAACCUUGACCUAUGACUUAAUCCGAAGUGGAUGCGCACGAGACUCUACUUAUAGAAGCCUGUCCUCACCAAGAAACAAUAUAGUUCGUUUCCAAUUCAACUCCUUUAAGUUCCUUAACGAGUACAAUUCAGUUUACCUACAAUGUAAAUUAGUAGUGUGUAGACUAGAUGAUCAUUCAUCUCGAUGCUACCAGGGAUGUUUAAUGAGAAAGAAGAGAGGCGUGGACGAAACUCAGGAGAAGAUUAAUGUUGUUGUGGGACCACUCAAACUUCUGAAAGAUGAGAAUCAAAUCCAAAAAUAGGGAUUCCCCCCUCCCCCAUUUGACUAUGUUUUCUGGUUAAAAUGAUGAAAGCUAGAUAGAUGCCUAAAAUAAUAAUCAUAUCCAUGUUACUCCGUAGAUAAAACGGUUCAAAUCUAUAGAAAAAUAUUAUCUUUUAUACUAGCAACUAAAAUCAAAUGAAAUAAUAAAACAACAUGUUAAGAUCUUCAGAGCGCUUCAUCAGGCAAUAUUAGGGGAUGAGGGAAAGGAAGAUUAGUCUAAACAGCAUUUUAUGUAGUCAAGAUCUUUAUAUUUAUGGCUUUUUCCUAGGUGUUUAUGCAAUUUGCUGACACCAAUACAUCAUGAUAUAAACAGGCUGUUUAAUUUUGUUAAGCACAUUAUACAAAAAUUCCAAAGCCCACUUGAGAUUUGUGUUCCUCAUGAUGGUUGUUAGCCUUAUGAAAAUAUCUGAGAGUUCUUAUUAAAACCAUUAGUGCUAUUCAAAUAAUUUUACUAUUUGACAUUAGAAAACAGCUAACUUUUAAAAUGUUCUCCACAUGUUUGUCAUUCUUAUUUUAUUAAAGUCUGACAUAGAAGAUAUACCAAUUCUAACAGUCAACCUACACAGAAAAAUAUGCACCUGUAUUUUCAUACAGGAAGGAUGUAUUUAAUAUAUAAAUCGUAUAAAUCUAUCAUAUUAGUGUAGCAUCCUUUCUUGCUCUGAAAAGCAAAAUUACUUCAAUUAUUUCUGAAAAUAAUUGCAGAUUAUCCUUCUUUCUCCUACCCAAUAGCACUUUAUGAGGCAGCUUCUGUUGUCUGAGGAGUUAAAUGAUAUAUUAAGACUUUGUCAGACUUUUAAUAAAUUGAAUAAUUUGCUGAAGACUAAAGGGGUCAAUAUAAGCCUACAUGGAACUGCUAAACUAAUGAGAAAAGGAUAAUUUUAAAAUAACCCCUAAAGAUGGAUGAGCUACAAAAUUGAAAAGUUUUAGGAUUCUAUGCUAUAUAUAAGAAUAGAAGAAUUUUGUCACUACAUUAAUUUAAAAUUAUAGGAAAUUGUAUUUUGCUUCCAAUGCAUUGCAAUAAAAUUGCUAUCUUUGCACACUA